UGUAGAAUAACGUAAUCUUGGUCCACCCAGACUAGUAGAAUGGCUACUGAGAUGCUAGUGUUCUGUCCUAGCUUUGUGAUAUUAAUUUGUAUGCAUUCCAGUUUUAAUAAUCUUAGAAUCAGACGAUAUGGCCUCCAUGUCUUUUUUAUUCAAACUACUAGUUCGGUGUGCAGUAAGUCUUUAUGCUCUAAUACUCGGAAGUCUUAGAGUGUGGGAGGCGGGCUUUAGCUAGAGCCACCGCCUCCUUGAUACGUGGCUUCAAUCAGGUCGUCUUUGUGCACAUAGAUACGCGCUGUUACGCAACUGGAGAUCAUUAUUUCUCGUACAGAAAUUAUAUCGUCUUGUGUGAAGAAAAUGAGUGGUCGAGGAAAAGGCGGGAAAGGUCUUGGGAAAGGAGGCGCCAAGCGUCAUCGCAAAGUUCUUCGUGAUAAUAUCCAAGGUAUCACUAAGCCAGCUAUUCGUCGUUUGGCUCGCCGUGGAGGAGUCAAGCGUAUUUCUGGUCUCAUCUACGAAGAGACCCGAGGAGUGCUAAAGGUGUUUCUGGAGAACGUUAUCCGCGAUGCAGUCACGUACACCGAGCACGCCAAGAGAAAGACCGUCACCGCUAUGGAUGUGGUUUAUGCCCUAAAGCGUCAGGGUCGCACUCUGUACGGCUUCGGUGGGUAAACCCGUAUUUCAGAAAUGCGUUUUGCAUCAACCCAAAGGCUCUUUUAAGAGCCGCACAUAUUCUCUAUUGAAAGCAGCUUUUCCUCGUUAUUGUGAAGCUUAUCCUUUUAUUAACCUGUAUUGACCUUGUAAUGGCAGUGCCAUUAGUUUGGUUGUAUGUUGUGAAUUGGGGGGGUGGGAAACCCAGCAAGGCCCAGGCUCUGGUUUGUAUCUUGGAGAACAACACCUAGCCACGAGAGUUCUGCACAGUGACUUUUGGAGUGGGGAGAGGGAACCCAGAGUACAUGGAGGAUCCAGCCCUGUCACCAUCAGCUUGCCUUCUGUUUCUGUCAAUCCUGGACCAACUGCAGUCACAAUAAUAAAAUACAUACACACAUUUUGUGCUGCAUUUAAUUAUUUAUGCGCACAUUUCAUGAUGUAUUUAUUUUAUUUAUUUAAUUUUGUCUGAAAUAUUCCUCCAUACCUUUGGAGCCCCCUCUUUCAUUUCAGGGCUAUUCAGCUGGGUCUGAAAGCAUCCCACCAGAGACAGACUAUUGGCCAUUUGAUCACUGUGGGGAAAAGACUCAAAGACUGGCUACAUCCAAAUGGAUAAGUGUUCUAAGUUGUUACGGGUUUCGGAGUACAUGUAGAUGGCCAAACCAACAGAUGGACAGGAUUGGACUGGAUUACAUACCGUGCUCUUGCAGAGUGUCUAUAAAUAUGGGUGAAAUUUCCCGGUCUCCAAACUCUUUAGCGUAUUUGACCAGCGCCUGUUUGACCGUCUUGUAGCCUGCCUGGACAACCACGUAGAAGUUGACGUCGACUACUACUUCGCGUGUUUCCAGCUUGUACUGACUGUACUCCUGCCGUAGUCUGUGACUUCAAAGUGAUUCUCAUCUCUGUGGUAACGGCGACGUCUCUGAUUGGUGGAACUCGUUGUAGGAUUGUGGGUAGCGUAGUA